AUGAAUUCCGCAGUUUCCGAAGAUAAAUGGCUCGUGGAUCAAAAGUUUUAUCAUGGAUUCUUGCCUAGAGAAGAUUUGCCGUAUGUGCUCAAAAGAAAAGGAGACUAUAUUUUCAGAGUUACUGAGAGAAAAGUGGGAAAAGAGACGAAAAGAGAUAUUGUUCUGAGUGUCGCGUGGCCGAGUACUCCUGCUCCAUUGCUCUCGGCGAAGGAUAUCAAGAACUUUCUAAUCGAACGGAAUGCCAACUCCGUUUGGCUUGAAUCGACAGUGAGACUCGCUUCACUCGAAUCGUUGCACAAUCAUUAUAAAAAUACUGAUAUAGUCGCUCAAAACAAGGAAAAAUUCAAAAUUAUUCGUCCGAUCUAUUUGUUUUCUUGGGAAUUCAAACAUUCUCAGAUCGUUCUUGUCAAAAAAGUUGGUCAAGGAGCAUAUGGAGAAGUGUUUCACGGAAAAGUCAAGAGAGGAACCAAGACGUUCGAUGCGGCUAUCAAAGCGAUGCGAAGUGAUCUAGAGGCAGCAGACGAAAAAAUGAAAGAAGUAAUGGCGGAAGCUCGUCUCAUGAGAAGUCUCAAUCAUCCGAAUAUCGUUCGUUGUCGUGGAAUUGCAGUUCUUGAACAACCUGUUUAUAUAGUCAUUGAUUUCAUCACUGGUGGAGGACUCGACUCAUUUCUCAAAAAGAAUGGAAAGACUCUUUCAAUGGAUGAGAAGAAUAAAAUGGCGAUUUCAGCAGCUUGGGGAAUUGAAUAUAUGCACUCGAAUGAUAUUAUUCAUAGAGAUAUCGCUGCAAGAAACUGUUUAUACGACAAAAAGAAUCUUGUGAAACUCUCGGAUUUCGGUCUUUCCAGGAAAGGAAGUGUCUAUAAAAUGAAGAAAGCAAUGAAGAUGCCAACGAAGUGGCUGGCUCCUGAAUCACUCACAACAUUCACUUUUUCUCGUGCUUCUGAUACGUACACGUAUGGAGUCCUUCUCUAUGAAAUUUAUACUUGUCAAGAGCCGUACUUUGGAGUGAAUGCUGCUGAAGCACGACGGCUGGUUCUCUCUGGAGCUUUCCCUAACUUUUCGAAGCACUCGCCUCCUGAAUUGACAGAUAUCGUUCGCAAAUGUAUAUAUCAGUUGGAUCCAUUGAAAAGAGCUUCAAUGAAAGACGUUGUAAAAAAGUUGGAAGCGUGGUUAGAAGUAGAGUUGGUUCUCGAUGAAGAUCAGAAACCAGAAAUCGAGCAUCCAGAAUCGAAUCGAAACAAUGUCAACUCAAAAUCUCCAGCAAUCGAACAUCCUGCUCCAGCUGGCCAGAUGGCAUCACUUCCACAGCCACAUCCAAUUCCACCUCCGACGAGUGCUCCGCCCCCUCCAAUUAAGAGAGAAGAGGAAGCUGUGAAGAAGAGUGUGAAGAGAAAGGAAGCGAAAAGAGACAGUUCAAUCGAAACUUCGAACUCCAAAUCUAAAGAAGUUAAACCCGAUGGUCCUCUACCAGUAGAACCAAUGUCAGUUGCCAACAAAAUGAUGUCGAGUGCAAAAAGAGGGAGUGAUGAAUUAUUGUUGACACCUCCAGAUGAAGAGACAAAACCAUCAUCGAAAGAAACUGAAUCCGAUGAUCAGAAGUAA